GCUGAGCUGCCCAGUCACCAAGCCGCCCGGCGGGGGCGGAGCGAGCCCCUUAGACCUGGGGCCCGGGUCUGACAACGCAGUUUGCAAGGCCUGGUCUGGGGCUGACCCAGAAAGGGGCGUCAGCUGUCGUCCCCAUGGGGCUGUGUUUUCCCUGUCCAACGGAGGAGGCGCCUCCCUCGCCAGACCCGGAAGAAAAAAGAGCAAAGCUUGCAGAGGCUGCAGAGAGAAGACAGAAGGAGGCUGCAUCUCGGGGCAUUUUGGAUGUUAGGUCUGUGGAAGAAAAAAGAAAGAAAAAGGAAAAAAUAGAAAAACAAAUGGCUACAUCUGGACCCCCACCAGAAGGUGGACUUAGAUGGACAGUUUCAUAAAGUAUAACAUAAGUGGAAGAGUCUACUGCCAAUAAUUAAUACCUGCAAUCAAGUGGAAAUCCUCAAUUUAAUCUCUUCUCUUUGAAUAAAUGAAGAUUCAGACUUUGUAAUUUUAGUGCCCUUAAGUGCAGUGCUUUUUCAGAAUUGAAUAUCGAAAAUACUUUUGAUUUUUAGACUUAGAAAAUGGCCAGACCUUUCACUAAGUACUUAUUUUCUCUACAUUUGUUCUUCUGCAGUGAAUGAUUUGCUGUUUUUUAGUUGUUAAAACAUGAACCUAAAUAGUGAAUAUAUAUUUAUAUAUUUGCAUGUAAAAAUUCUGUAUACAUCUCACAUAUGACAGUUUGCAAAUUGUAUUUUCCCUCGUUUAUAAAAUGAGCUAGCUAUUUAUUGUUUGCCAGUUAACCUUCUAUCUCUUUAUUGCAUUAUACAUGAAGACUUUUGCUUAAACGUAUGGACUUAGUGCCUUUAAACUGAUCAUCAGGGAAAAUCUUGAAAAAUCAUUUGAAGGGCUUAUGUGAAGGAACACUAUAAAUUUUUGUAACUUACUAAAAAAUUAGUGUUUAUAGAAAACACUGAAUUUCUCCUAAUUUAUUUUCUACUUUUGAGCUUAUAAAAUAAGCAUACUAUUUAUUUUACAGUAUAAUAAAGUGGGGUUUUUUUGCUUGCUGUAUUUAAAAUUAUAUAUUAGUGGUGCCAUCAUAGGGCAGUGAUGUACUAUUAUACCAUGUCAGAUUCAACUCUAAAGAUUCUUGUAGUAGUUGAAUGCGUUCAACUGAGAAUCUGGAUGGGUAAUAAUGUUUGUCCAAAUUUUACAGGUGUUUCUAUUAUAUUUAUUAAAGAAUGAUCAUAAGAUUUAUACAGAUGUGAAAUUUCCAAGGCAAGUAUGAAUAUAUGAAAGAAGUAUGUAAGUACUAUACUUUAAAAUGUCUAUUUUAAAUAUAAAAAUAUUGUGAGGUAAUUCUAUAUAAUGCAUUGUCAUAAACUUUUAAGCUUUUGUUCAUUCGUAAUGUGCAUUACAGCAUUUUUGGUUCUUACAGUUUUUUAGUAUAUAAUAAGGUAAAAUAGAAGAAUGGUUGUAUCUUUUAAUUUGGUUGCAUUUUCAGAUGAUAAGACCACAGCCUGAGCCCUAAAUUAGAAUUUGCAGAUACUAAAUGCAAUAGAAACUAAAUUCAAUAGAACAGCUUAUUUGAUUUACAAAAAGGAAACUGAGCCACUAUCUCAUACUUCCCACAAGACUUGUGUUAUAUUGCAGUAUAUGGUACAUAUUAAUUUUAAAGCAUUUGAACUAUAUGUAGAUCUUGACUCCUUUAGGUAGACCCAUCCUAAUCCCUGGAAUCUGGGAAUAUGUUGACAUUAUACCAUAAAAGCUAUCUUACAGAUGUGAUUUAGUGAAUGAUAUUAAAAAGGGGAGAGUAUAAUGGAUUAUCCAGGUGGAACCAAUUGAAACACAGGGCUCUUUAAAAGCAGAGAACCUUUCCAACCUGUGAUCAAAGAGAUACAAACAAAGAAGCAUCACUGAAACACUCUAUUGCUGGCUUUGAAGACAGAGGAAGGGGGGCAGAUAUCAAGGAGAUCAGACAACCUCCAGAAAGUGGGAGAAGCAAAGAAAGGGAUCCUCUCCUAGACUCCUCAGAAAGGAACACAGCCCUGCUGAUGUCUUGAUUUUACCUCAGCGAGACAAUGUCAAACUUGUGAGCUACAAAACUAUAACAUAACAAAUUCCUGUUGCUUAAGCUACAUCAGGAAUGAAAAACUAAUAAACUAGGAACUAAGUUAAUGAAAUUAAUUAUUAAAGACAUAAGUGUUUUUGAGAACAAAUUUAAGCACAGGAGAAAGUUUUGAUGGAAAUACUGCUGAUUACCAUACAGGGAAAUUCAGUGUUAAUGUUAGUUGGGUUAGUUUAAUAUUUUAAAAGAUAUUACAAUACUCCCUAUUCAAUGAUGAUUUUAUUUUCUAUGAAACUUUUUUUUUUCCAUAAUGAUAUUCACCAUUUCCAGCGCCACCGGUCCUGUUGUUUUAAAAAGGUUGUGUCUGAUUUGAGUAAAUGAUCCAUGUGACAAACUGAGAUACUUCUUCCCUGACUUUCUGAAGCAAGAAAGGUGGAUUUUCUUGUUGAAAAAUGAGGGAAUGACAAAUUAACUCUGCCUAUAAUUUUUAUAUCUGGGGAGCACUUAAAGGACUAUUUCUGAUCAAGUCCUUAGAACUCUCUGAUAAGGAGAACAAGUAUCACUACAUCUCAGCGGCCCAAAGUGAAGAAAAAGGUAACCAUGAUUUGACUCUUCCUAUAACUCUCAGGAGAAGUUGCCAUUUGAAGAUUAUCUUUAUUUCAGAAUAAAACAUUGAUAGACAGACAGGUAAACACUUUUUAAUAUUUAUCUUUUUAAUUCUUGAUUCAGUGAGGACACCAUUUUGCCGUUUAUGGGUAUAAAACAGCCCUGUCCUAGGUAUACAAGGGUAUACUUAGUCUGUAACAUCAUUAGCUACAGUGAAAUUACUUUACUAGACAGCACAGCAAAGUAGGGUUAACUAAAGAUAUAUUUUAAUAAGAAAAUGCUUUGAAAUAACAUGAAGUCAAUGAACAUUUGACUGUAGAGUUUAUUCUGUCAAAAUAUAAACGUAUGUCAGCUUAUGCGUGUGAAUUACACUGUCAGUCUCACAGCCACAUGCCUCGGAAUGUGUGAAACAAGUCAUAAGCCAUUCUGUAAGGGGUGCAGUGAAAACGUCCCAGAGUACAGAGUACCCCAGAUAUUUGGUCAUAGAUAAAGGCUAAAUUUUAAGGCAAUCGUCCAAGUGAAUGUAAACUUUUCUGAAGUGGCCUUUCCAGUAAAGCACUGCUGUGGAGAGCACUCUGUACUUAUUUGUAGUGCCAUUGGACAUUUUCAGGAGCACAUCAUGCUAAUUAUCACUUUUUUAAAAUGCGCUUAAAAAUCUUGCAAUUAUUAAAAAUGUCUGGGGUGCUUUUAUUCCUUAGACAUUAGGCAGGCACUUUCUGUUGACUUAACUGUACAUCCCAACUAUUUUCUCCUAAUAAUUUUUACCUCUAGCUAGAAUUAUGCUGCUACUAUUGUAUCCUAAAUACCAUGUUCAUAUAUUGAGAAAUAAUAAUUUGCCUACAAUUUGUCUGAUUUAAAUCUGAGUUUAGAAUUUCUCUGACUAGGUCAUUUUCUACCGAAGCAUUCCAAAUAAAUAAUGCUACUCGUUGAACAUGCUUUAACAUGA